AUGAUAAACAGAAAGAUCCCUUUAGCAUCUUACCUUUUCACACGCCUCAGACAGGCAGGCACGAGACGCGUAUAUGGCGUCCCAGGCGACUUCACCCUCCGAGCCCUGGACCAUCUACCGCGUUCAGGCCUCAAGUUCGUCGGAUGCUGCAACGAGCUGAACGCCGGAUACGCAGCAGAUGGGUAUGCUCGCGCCCAACGUCAUCGCAAAGGAUCUGGAAUUGGAGCAUUGAUAACGACCUAUGGCGUUGGCGAGCUAAGUGCGGCUAAUGCAGUUGCCGGCAGCUAUGCGGAGUAUUUGCCAGUUGUUCACAUCGUCGGAACGCCCUCGCGACGCGCAAGACAAGUAUCGUGCUCUUCUGUUGACGGAAAGAAACCGCAUUUGCAUAUUCAUCAUACGAUGGCGGACUCUAGAAUUGGGGUUUAUCGCGAGAUUGCGGAGAAGUUUACUGUUGCACAGCUUGAUCUUGCGGAGUCGGCGCCGGAAGAGGUCCCAGCUCAGAUCGAUAGGGUAUUAUCGCAGGCGCUACAUCACAGUCGGCCUGUCUACAUAGAGAUGCCAUCAGAUGUUGUAGAGACGGAAUUAUCGUCGGACAAGCUUGGCGAUCCGAUAGGUCCGAAUCCCGACGCAGCUCGUAACCUUGACGCUGGCAAAAUGGCACAGAAUCUCUUGCAGAAGCUAUAUUCAGCCAAGCGGCCUCUUAUCAUGGUUGAUCGAGCUGAAGGCGCCGAGACCAUCAGACAAGAGAUCAACGAAUUCGUUCGAAAGUCAGGCAUUCCUACUGUGUCUUUGCCAUCAGGAGCCAGCAUGGUGGAUAAUUCGCUGCCAAACUACUUUGGCGUUUACUCAGGCUCUAUCGGAACGGUUGACCUGACACCGGAGGUCAAGUCAGCGGACCUUGUAUUGGCCUUUGGAUGUCAAUUCUCUGAUACUCAAACGCUAGGUUGGGCGGUGUUACCGGAACGAAAUGUUAUGACUCUCAUUGGCAAGAACCACGUUGAAGAUGAGCCUGUCAAUGUCCAACAUGUUCUCAAGGACAUGGCUCAGAAGCUUGACAAGGCACGGCUACCGCUUCAAGAGACGUCCUCAUGGGGAGACUUUCGAAAUCAACCGCAGUUCGAAGUCUUUCCCAAGGCGUAUAUCAUCCAAGAUGAGUUCUAUAUCCAUCUGAACAAACAUCUACAACCCAACGACACAGUCAUCCUUGGCAACGCGACACCAAUCAUAGGAGGCCGCGACUUAGUUCUCCCACCAUCUUCUCAGCUUGUCGCAUCUGGAAUGUGGUUCUCAAUCGGUCACAUGCUCCCCGCCGCUCUUGGAGUCUCGCAAGCAAAGGCAGUCAUGAAGUCAAAAGGUCGCACGAUUCUUCUUGACGGAGAUGGAAGCUUCCAGAUGACGGCUCAAGAACUCAGCACUAUUAUUCACCAGCGUGCCAACGUGAUUAUAUUCAUCAUUAAUAACAGCGGGUAUACGUAUGAGAGGUAUAUCCAUGGAAUGAAUGAAGCGUAUAACGAUGUGGCGCCUUGGAACUAUAGUGCUGCCCCGCAGUUAUUUGGGGACGCGCCGGCGGGAUAUCCGAUUCAUUCUUGCAAAGUGAGGAAUAUGGAGGAACUGGAUGAGGUUCUGAAUUCUGAGGGCUUUGUAAAGGGUAAAGGCCUGACUCUUGUUGAUGUUGAGAUGGAUAUGUAUGAUAUCUCGGAAAAAGCCAAGGUUUUAUUUGAGUUGGCUGGAAAGCAGCUGUGA